CGAGGUAACGAGAGAACAGUGACAGGAUAAAGAAAAGAGGCUUAAGUAAUAAAGCAAGGAGGAACGUGGCAGAGGAGAGACAAAUCUAGAGAGAUAUCUCCGGUACUCAGAUCCCCCAAAGACAUAGAGCAGAGAUGGGCUGUAAGUUGCUGAAGCCCAGAGGUUCAGAUGAAGCUCCAGGAAAGAUCUACUCCACACUUAGAAGAGCGCAGGUGGAGACUCAGUCAGAAGUGGCCUACACAUACCACUACCUGGACUUCCUGUUAGGAAAGGAAGAGGUGGCAGUGUCUUCAUUACUGUGUCUGUCAUCAGUGAGAGAGCUUUCUAUGCAGGUGUGUGAGUUGUAUCAGAAGGGAUUCGUUCUGGCUGCUGUCCAUCCUUUUCUUCACUCUAGUGGACCUGCUAGUGCUAACCUACAGAAGCAGUUACAUCGAGCUGUCCUCAUUAGAGAAACACGCAGUGGUUCCGACAGUGAUCUGCUGAAAUGGGUGGGACCUCAUCUUGCUACUGACGUGUGCUACCUAGGUCCCCAGGAACCUGAUCCAGAUGUUAUUCAGGGCUAUGUGAAAAAGGUGCAGGACUUGGCUGAUCAGGGUGAUCUGUUUGUGGGGUUUUUGCACCAGCCUGGUGGUGGUCCAUAUUUCCUUGGACACUAUGAACCAGAGGAGCUUUCCUCCAUUCAUUCCAGCCCUUGUUCUGUGCAUCAUAACAGCAGGCCUCCAACUCUCAGCCCAGCUAGUGAGAAGAGCCAACAUGUUAAAGACAGUGCAAAUGGAGAUCAUCAAAACCAGAAUGUUUCAAACCUUGAUCCAGAUUUACAAAACCAGAGCCAGCCUUACGAAGACUUAAUGAACCAAAGCAAAGAGAGCAGCCAGUGUUGGAAUCAUCAAAAUCCCUUCACGGUUAACCAUCAGUGUCCAGGUUAUCAAUACCUAAAUGAAGAACAUGAAUGUACCAAAGGGCAAUCCUAUGAGUCUACAUUAACCUCUUGCACAUCAGAGCCAUAUAAGACCCAGAGUGCCAGAAUCCUGUCUGUUCUUCCCAGCUGUGAUUUGGCAGAAAAACAGAAACCAGACCACAGAGAGCAGGUCAGAAGUCAAGACAAACCCAGCAAGCGUGUUGGAAACACACAGAUGUUGAAUCGCGUGCAGGUCUUCGCUCUGUACAACCACACGAUGGUUCUGUCAGGAUCACCAAAAUUCUUUUCUCUGAGGGUUCCACUGCAGGUGCACAGGGAGGCGGGGCUUGUUAGCUCAGUUGAUUCCCAUUGGCUGGAUCACAUGACCCAGCACUUCAGAAGUGGUGCACAACUCAUCGAUGGCUACUUUAACUUGGGAGAUGAUGCAGCAUCAUCUUCCAUUGUGGAGAGUGUUUUUAUCUUCCAAAGUGCCCCUGGAGAUGUCUCGGCAACAGCAGCGUAUGAUGCCAUUGUGGUUGAGCAAUGGACUGUGAUUGAUGGUGUUGCCGUGAGGACAGACUACAUUCCUCUGCUUCAGUCUCUGGCUCCAUAUGGCUGGAGACUAAUGUGUGUGCUGCCCACUCCUGUUGUCAAAACUAAUAGUGAUGGAAGCCUGGCCACAAAACAGAUCCUCUUCCUCCAGAGACCCAUUCUGCCUCGCAAGAAAAGAGACUUGACGAAAAUGUACCUCAGAGGUCAAAACAAAAGGAACUUAAAUAGUAAGAGAACACCAGAGAGGGAAAUAUCUUCACUAGCGACAAUCGAGAGAGAAAUGGAAAGGAUGGAGAGAGAAAGAACAAGUCUGGCGAGGCAACGUGUGAAAAUCAAAACGGAAAAUGGGCAGAAUUCACCAAGAGAGAGGAGAAAUCAACCAGGAAAGACACAGGACUUCCAUACGCAGAAGAUUACCAUCAAAAAUGCAAAAAGAGAUGGAAUAAAAAGUUCAAAUUCCAACAAUCAAGAAUUAAAGACUGGGAUUACGUGUGGAAAACUAGAGGAGGAUGUGAGACCUGUGGUUACCGAGAGAGCACUGUUCUCUGGAGUGUGCUGACAGCUUUAAUUUGUGUAUUUUAUCAUUACAAUAGGUUCAUGUUUAUUCAGGCAGAAUACACACUAUUCAGGCCCAUGCUUUGGUAUAUGCAUGUGCUGACAGAGUAAUUGUCCUGUUUAGAUUUUGAGGACGUAUUCAAGUCUCGGCGUUAUUGGGGUUUUUAAAGGGUUCUUCAAAGGUGAUGUGCAUACACAGUGAACUGUGAAUUGCUGUGGCAAGUGGCCAGAGAUGUGUGAUUUGGGAGAAUCUGUAAAAGGUUGUCAAGGAGCGCCGACUAUGCUGAAUGCUAACCAGUCUCUCUUACGAGACAACGUACCUGUGAUGUUAACCCAUUUUGUUACAUGAAAUAUUACCAAUUGUAAUGUAAUUCUCUAGCUAAUCAAAUCCAUAAACAAUAUCUACAAGAUUUUUCAUUUAUUGAAAGUAUGCACAGUAAUAACAGCAGGAAAUAACUUUGUAAAUUUGCAGUUAUAGUGGAAGUCUGUGAAACAGUUUAUGGUGUAAAUAAAAGUUCACACUAAUGGCCAUUUGAGUACAAUUAAAGGCACAUCAUUUACAGCUUGUGCUUUUUUUUCUGUGUAGUAUUUUCACUGUGACUUUACAAAGAUAUUUUGUAAACAGUGCCACCUUUUUUUCAGUUAUCUUGGUUCUGGAAGUAUUUUUUCCAUUCUUUUUUUCUAUAGGGAUUUUAUAGAAUUCUUCAUAAACUAUUGUAAGCUGUGAACCAAGCCAAAAAACAUUUCAAACUUUGAUUUGAAGCAAAAAAAAAAAAAAAGUAUUUGAAAAU